CAAAGAGCUAACUUGUGACUUACUUCCCCUUGGCGCGUUCAAUUUUCUCAUUACCUCCUAAGUUAGAUGAUGGCACAGAAAUUUCAUGGUGUGCAUAGAAGUAUGGCUGAUAAAGAGAUGCUAGAAGUGUGUUCAGCGAUCGACUCAGACGAAGAUCGUGAUGUUGUAGCUGAAGUUGACUACACUGAAGGGAGAACUUCGGAGGACGAAGUCCCGCCACAAGUUUGUAAAAAGACAGCAAAGAAAAGCCACAUGACGAUGGAGCCAGUUAUUAGAAGAACAACGGCUUUUAAUGUGUUCUGCAGUGAAAGGCUGAAAGCUAACCCAAAUACUGGCUUUCAGCCGGAAGAAUGGGGCUUCGAAUGGAGGACACUGACAGAUGCCUCAAAAAAGGAAUACGAGGCUAAAGCUUAUGCCUUGAGACGUAAAAAUAUUGAUGUCAGAGCAAUAUUGAGAAAUAUCAAUAAUAUGACAAACCUCCUGAAGAAAAAUGAGGAGGAGGCUAAAUCCAGUGAAAUAGAGGGCGUGUGUACCAUUGUAUACAAGAACAAUGUCCUCCAUUUCACUGAAUUUGGUAAUCUCACUGGUGUCAGUAAAAACCCCACCAUCUCCAACCUGAUCUGGGGGCAUGCAUAUGGAAGAAAGGCAGACAAUGUGAAGGGUAGAAGCAUUCAGGAGUUGCGAGGCAAAGCCAUGGCAAAAAUGUCAAAAAUUGCAAAAUCACAGCUUGGCCUGAAUCAAUUUCCCUAUGAGAGGGUCAGAAAGGGAGAAUUUAUUUUAACUGGAAUUCCCCCAUCCUUAAUGCCCUUGCAGCCUCCUGGAAGGAUGACCACAAAGGAACUUCUAGCAAUCCUUGACUGUAAAGUUACAGUCACCAGAGCACCUGCAGUGAGAAAUUCCACCGACACAUCACAGACAAAUGAAAUUGCAGAAAAUACAUUGCAACAGACACACACACGACUUGUACAUGAAACAUCAACAUCACCUUCCGUAAAUAAAGCAACAGAAAGCACUUUACAACAGCCACAAACACGACCUGUACAUGAAUCAUCGUCAUCCAAAGAUAAUGAAGCAACAGGAAACAUAUUACAGCAGAAACAAACACAACUUCUACCUAACACAUCAACACAUACAAACAGCUCAUUAGAUACAAAUAGACAGACUGUACUUCUAGAAUACAAUUUCCAAAUGUCACACCACGUCAACACUGCAGAAACAUGUGAUGGAAGAAUCCCGGGUCAUGCCACAGAGGGGCAGUCCUUGAGUUUCAUGGCAGGAGAAUCAGCUUCAGAAGUGGUACAAACUACCUUGGUGCAGGAUAUUGUGGCAGAAGACCCGAGUCAGUGUGCUGCAGAAGUACAAACACCGGUAGUGGCGGCUAUUUUUACAGCAGAAGACACGGCUUCAGUAGUAGAAACCACCUUGGUGCAGAAUACUUUCAUAGUAGAAGACCCAGCUUUAGAAGUGAUUCAAACACCAGUGGUGGCGGAUAUUUUUGUGGCAGAAGACCCAGCUUCAGAAGUGGUACAAACCACCUUGGGGCAGGAUAUGCAAGAAGCACCGACAAGCAGUUUGCAAAUUAGUACAGUAAAGGAUUCUGCAAAACAACAGCAGGAAUCAGGGAGAAAAAAGAAAAGAACAGGUACAGUAAAGGAUUCUGCAAAGCAGCAGCAGGAAUCAGGGGAGACGAAGCAAAGAACAGGACUCAGAACUCUGUGGACAGCAGCAGAAGUACUUCUUGUUCAGCAACACUUCAGUGAGGAGUUGGCUGGGCUGAAGCCAGUGACACGCAGCAGCAUUGACAGUUUUCUGGAGCAACAAACAGUGGUCAAAAGGACUUCUACUGCAUUGGGAAAUUAUCUGUUAAGGAACAGGAAGAAAAGCAGACCUGAUGAUCAGUAGUGAAUCACAGCACCUUAUCACCAAGACUGAUGACGCUUGAGAUAUUGGAUUGAGUCUGCUUAAGGGCAUUCUGUACUUUCAAGAUGCAUUUUCACUGCCAUGUGCUAUCUGUUUUACAGAGCUGACUGUACUCCAACUUCUUUAUCACCAACCACCUGUGUGAUAAUGUUCCAUGAUGCUUCCCACCAAAUUCAAGACAUUAAAAAUUGCAAUUUUUCCUUUUUGGUAGCUGUUAAUUACAUUGAACUAUAUGUAUUCUUCAUUGCGUUGAUGUCUUUGCAGGAAUAAAGCAUUUGCCCAAUGAUGUGAUUUGAUUCCAGUACAGAAAAAAAUACGACUCUUAUGAUUAUGUUAAAUGUGCAAUAGGAAAGUUGUGACACUUGCCUCAUAAGGUAUAUGUUUCUAUCCAUGUGAUUAUGACAUGGUAGGGUGUUGUGGUUGUGUGGCUGUUACGUAGGUUCGGAUGUUAUGGACUAAUUAUUUUAUCUACACUGUUGGUGUUGCUAUUGGUUGUGUUGUAAUUGAAUAUAUAAAAAUGUAAAGAAGUUAUGAAUGUGGAAGAUUAUAAGUUUUUAAUUGGUCUGUAUGAUUAAAUUUGUUGCUGGCAUGUGUUUGUGCGACGGUGCUUCUCAGGAUUCAUAAAUUUAAAAAACUUAUUGUUAUUAUGGUGCUUUUGAUAUAAUGUAAAAUUAUUGUCUCAAGCAUUAGUUUAUAUCUUGUCUAUCCAACUUAAGAAUGAAGGAUGACCAAUGUCAUGCCUUGUCAAAUAAAACCAAGCAUACUGAAUCAU